GCCUAGGCGCCAGUCUCAUGUAAACUCUUUUGCUCCAAAUCUCAUUCAAAUUGCUCUACAUCCAAUAUCUAUUAUAUCUGCAAGAAAAAUAUGAAAAUAUAUUUCUUUAAGGUGCAAGUUUUUCCAUAAAAAUGUGUAAAAUAUCAAGGAAUUUAAUCAUUCUUCUCUACACAUCAGGGAGGCUAGCGCAAUUGGGUAUCAAACCUAAAGACACAAGUGACAACUGAGGGAAGGGGGUGGGGGCAUUUGCGGGGAUAUAUGUUAGGCAUUUCACAAAUUGAAGAGGGGCAGGAACGUCAAAAACCACUCAUAAUGGAGCUUCCGCGGCGGAACGCAGUGGCCUCCCUUCGUUUCAGCUUUUGCUGAUCCGUGACCCUCUGUCCGUGAAAUGCACGCAAAAAUUGGGCUCUCAAACAUAUUGUUUGUCAUUCUGGAGACAAGAAACCGAAGAAAUAGGCUCCCAAAUGCACCCUUAAAGUGCAAUUGCUUGACAUGCCUUAUCAAAGAGUCUCUAAUACCUCAAUUUUACGGUCUAAAUAGGGCCACCCUUUUUACAAAAAUUAUGAUACUAUAGUGAUUGAUAAUUAGCAAGAAUAUUAACAAGAGGAAAUGACCACCUCCAUUUGACAUGAGAGGUGAUUUCUUUGGACUUACCUUAUGCAAAAUUUUUCUCUAUAACAAAGGUUUAUAUUUCUAAAGAUCUGGAGCCAAAAUUUAUUUAGGAAUUGGAGCACUCACCAAGCCCAAAUAACAAUAAAAAAGGAAAAAAAUCUUGAGGAUAAUUUCAUCACAUUCUCAAAUUUGUCAAACAUUAAUUUUUUUUAUGUAUUUACCUCCAUAUUGAUCUUAGCAAACUGUAAUGCACAUGCUUAGCAUAUCAUCGACCAUAACAUUUAUCCAGUUUUGUUUGCUUCCCUGUAUAUUGCAAAUUUUUUUAUCAUGAUCCAGUAUCUAAAUUUCCAAAUUUUUAUGAAGGUAAAAUCUUUUCUCAAUUAGCAAACCAUGACCCUUUCUGUCCUCAUAAACUUUACUUCAAAAUCCAAUCUUACUUGUCAUCUUUCUUCCCAUGCAUUUCAACAAAAAAAUAAAAACAUCAAUACCAGAGAGGUAUCUGAGGACUAUUCUAGACGUGUAAGACAGCUCGGUAAAGCUCUUCUUAACGCAAUAUGGGAAAGCCUUGGGCUAGAGGAGAAUGAUAUGGAGGUGGCCUUAAGCCUCAAGUCUUGCUUUCAAAUUCUAGUGGUGAACUUGUACCCCCCUUGCCCGAAACCUGAGCUGGCGAUGGGCUUGCCUGCUCACUCGGACCACGGCCUUCUCACAAUUCUCAUGCAGAACGACACAGAUGGGCUUCAGGUGCUGCGACAUGGAAAAUGGCAUUGUGUGAAGCCUCUCCCCAACUCUUUUGUCGUCAACCUCGGUGAUCAUAUGGAGAUAAUCAGCAACGGAAGGUAUAGGAGCGUGUUGCACAGGGCAAAGGUGAACAGCCUGAGCACUAGAAUCUCUGUUGCGGCUGCGAUGGGGCCUUCGCUGGAUGCUGUGGUCGUUCCUUCGCCAGUACUGGUUGAAAGGCAGAAACAACCUGCUGCAUUUCGUGGCAUCAAAUAUGGUGAUUUCAUAAAGCAUCAACAAAGCAACAAGUUGAUGGAUAAGUCUGUUCUUGAUCUCCUGCGCUUGUAAUAAUAUAAUUGUUUGUUGGAGAACUAUUUGUCUAAGGUGUAGAGGGUGAUUAUUAAUCUGUGUAAUGUAUGAAUAAGGUCUAGUGCGUGAACUGAAUAAAACAUUCUGUUGUGGUGCACAAACACGCUUGUUUUGACUGAUUAGGCCUGGAUGUAGAAGAUUAAAUAUGUGUUGUUUUUUUUU